AUGCCGCAUUUGCACGACGCUGCUCUCGUAUGGGCAGCACUCGUCAACAGGAAGGACCAUGCAUUUCUCGUUCGAGAAGCCCUCGGUCGGCUAUGGUCAAGGAGUCUUCAAGGCUCGCAAGUCGUCGAUGAAGCUUACAUCAAGGACAUGAUACUUCUGAAAACCAUCAUUGACAUCCAACGUUCCCGCAUCCGCUCCGACCCACCAAGCCGAUUCAUUCUCUCAAUCAAUGACAUUCUCGAUUGUCUGGACUGUCUCUGUCAGGCCGGGGCAGCAUUACUCCAGAGUUCUCAAGUCAAUAGCACAGUUCGUGGAGUUCUAGAGCUUUCUCAACGGGUUUUCUUUUCGGGAGUCCUGGCAGCUACUCUCACCAUUGAGCGAGAAGACAAUCGGAUGACGACGACAAGACAGCAAGUCUCUAGGCUUGAAAUGUGCAUCUGUAAAUGGCCCUUGAAGGUUCUGUAUGGGUUAGCAGGAGGCUGGUGCAUGGCCAUCCUCAAAGGCGCAGUCGAAGCCCUCCGAGGAAGCACCAAUACUGACAGCUCCUGUGACGGACAUUUCGUCCUGGAUGCAACCGACUGCGACAAUUUCGCCUUCACGUUCGAUCUGUCAACGUGUGUACCCCAGGCUAUUGCAUGUGUUGUCCGAGGAUGUGGAUACGGGUACCGCAGUGCCCUACUUCUGGCCGACAUAAGAUUGAUGCUGAUCGCCGCAUGCUUCGGAUGCGCGAAGAAUGAUUCUAACCCCGAGCUUUCAACCGGCUCUUCGGAAAGUACAAUACGAAACCUUGGUUCAACACCCGUCACGGACGAGCUCAACACAGUGCUUGAGCAGUGCAAAACUCUUGAUGCCUACUGUGAAGCACUGCAGAGUACCGACGAAGGACGGUCUCUGUCAAACUUUCUGACUUACAUUGAGCCUUGGCCCUCUUCCAGCGAAAAUGCCGAAAUCGUCAAUUGGAUGGGCCAUGCCAAUGGUGCUCAGGCUGUCUCACGGAAUACGAGCACACUAUCAGCUCAUUAUCUACAGAUCGUUGAGGACCUCGAACAUCGCCUUUUGACUGCCCUUAACGCGGAUGCGCCUCUGCUGCGGGUCUACAACCACCUGUCUGAGCAGGUCCGAUCGUGGACCUCGUUGCAGGUCGAUAACCCCCUCUCACAAGAGCUUGAGAUCCCAGAUAGGAUGUUUUCACAAAAGAACAGCACUGUCCGAAAGGCCAGGAGAAUUGCUCCCCUAUGUGAAAUCUACGAGACUCUGCAAAGAUUGGCUACACCUGGGGUCGAAUUGGAGGAAUCUGCGGACAAUAGAGAGAAUACACCCCUAGCCUCUGAUCAACUAUCGGCGGCGUGUUCGGUCAGGAAUCAAGAAGCGCUUUUGCCGGAUCAAGCCAGUGCAAUGUCAUACUCACGAGCUCCUGCACCCCCAACCCCGUCAAUACCCUCUCUUUACCCCUCUUCCGUGAGCCUAGGAUCUUUCACAGACAGGACUUCAUCCCUCACACCGUCAGCAAUGGCCAAGAUGGGUAUACACAAGCGCAGCAAAUCCCACAUGCUUCAACAUAGCCCUCACUUACGGUCCGCACUGAGUCCAGACGCUUCGAACUUGAUUGUCUGGGCUCGAAACAGGAUAGCUCGCCGGGCGUUGGACGGUGAUAACCCUCGUUGGCAAACUGAAAAGGUCAUGCACGACAUUACGUUGGCGGCCACUGGUGCCUCUCACUUUGCCACCGUCAAUCAGGAGAAUUAUCAGCCUUUGCAGUUGUCUCUUUUUGAUGCUACCGGUGCGCUAGUGGGGAAAAUGCCCUUCACCAAGAUUCCACAAAGUCUGGCCUUUUCGUGUGACGGAACCAAGCUAGCUAUCGCAGCAAUCGACGAAUUGCGGAUCAUCUCAACAAACAUAGCAGAUUGGUCGCGCUCCUAUUGCAGUCAAUCACUGAUACCACGAUCAAAUCAAGUGAACGGGAGUCAGAUUGCGGGUUCGACUUUCUCUGCCUCUGGAAAAGUGCGCACGCAGAUGGUAUCGUUCUCAACAGAUCAGCGGCAAGUCCUUGUAGGAACGCAGUACCAGGAUGAGGCAGGAAGUACUCUAUUCUCACUUUUCGACCUCCCUGACCGCCCCAACGGGAAAAUUCCUCAUCCAUUUCGAUUCGUUAAGGAUAUAAAAGUGACAAAACUGACCGCAGGCCAGGAAUCACUAGACCCGGGGUUGACCGCACUGCCGUGCUCUCACAGGUCUGGACAGACGAUACUGAUCAUUGGGACAGCCUCUGCUCAUAGUCAUCAACCCGCAGUUGAGAGAAUAAUGCCUCGCCAUCGAGGGCAGCCGCGUCCCCAGGCUGACCCUCAACCUAUUAUUGGGCCGAGACUGUCUAUUGCCCGCGUGCACUGUGCCAUUGCGACACCUGGGCAAAAUCCGUGUUUUGUUGUUGUCAAUGAGGAAACCAGUGUCUAUAUCAUUCGCAAGUCCAGCAGCCGGAAUGAAUGGGAGGCUGAGCAUGUCUCGAUAUUGAGCGGUCUCCGUCCAUUUGAGAAAGACAGCAAGUGCCUGGGGAUCCAAAUUGCAGCAUCUAGUGCAAGCAACGUGACCAUGUUUCAUAUUAGGCACAGGAAGGGCUACCUCACUCAAUACGACGCGUCGGAUUCUGCGCAGCAACACCAGCAAAUUAUCGCCCUCGAUAAUUUCUAUCCUGCAGUAGCAGAUCCUGGCCAAAGUUCCAAACCGCCAAACAACUGA